CAGUUUAUUUAUCUAUAUGUAAAUGGAAAACGUGUUAGAUUUAUAUAUACGUUAUAGAUCUUACAUAUGUUAUCAUAAAGUUCAAACUCCCAUCAUGUGAUGGCGUGUAAUGCAUAAAUCUAACUCACUGUAAGGUAACAGUUGUGUUGUGUUACGAAAUCGUGUAAAAUAAAAUAUUUACGACAGUCAUGGCUGAAUCGGAUAAGAAACCCGAAGAGGAUAAGAAACCCGAAGAAGGAAGAAGAAAUGUAAUGAUAUCUAUGGACGGAAGUAAAGGUGCCAAAUAUGCAUUUGACUGGUAUGCCGAGAACGUUUACCAACCGACAGACAAUGUUAUUAUGGCUUACUGUGCAGAGCAUGGCGUCAAUUUACCACCAACAGCUUUGAUGGCGGGAAAUCCAACUGUUAUACAAGCCAUGAUAAAAGAAAAAGAGGAAGAAGUCAUGAAAGUGUUCAAGACAAUUGAUGAGCUGGCUAACAAACAUAAUAUUAAGCAUACGUUGGAACGACUGGAUGGGCCGCCAGGCGAAUGUCUUAUAAAAGCGGCGGAGCAACAGAAUGUCACAUUGAUUGUUGCUGGGAGUAGAGGUCACGGAACCAUAAGACGUACCAUUAUGGGAAGUACAAGUGAUUAUAUCGUGCAUCAUUCGCACGUGCCGGUGUUGAUUGUCAAACACGAGGAUGACCAGCAGAAACUGAAAUGAAAAAACAAAAACUCUGAAUAUUUGAGUAACUUUUAUUAAGGUGGUAGGUCCGUGUUGACACUCGGCAAUUUCCGUGUUUUAGCGUUUUCUGGUAUGACGCUUCGGCAUUUUCCGGAGGUAAAUGUCGCGCAAUUCCAUAAUAAAGCAGAUAAUGUUGAUAUCGCAAUCGAAGAAUACGCAGUUUACCUUAUGUCAUAACGGAUCUACUAUCUUAACAUUGUUCAGUUCUGUUAUCUCAGUUCGUGUACUCGUAUAAUAUAUCCAACUGUAUAUAGAGGGAAGUUAUAUAAAAUAGUGGGAGAUACUUUUUGUUGUAUGAAUGGUUCAUCUUGAAAUGUACUGAAAUUCAAAUGUUUAACAUUUAAAAUAAAGGUGUACGAAAUGUC